AUUUAAGUCCAGUGGAAAAAGCUGAAGAAAGAAAUAAAACAAUGGCAUCAGGAAAAUCCCUGCGAGUACUAAAACUUAUGCAAGAUGUCGGCAAGGCGUCAUGCAGUUGCCCAGCUCAUUCACAGGCUUUUGGGGGAGGUAUCUCAGUAACUCCUCGUGGGUCUCGUAUGCCACUUAAAUCAUGCUCUACUGCAACUGAACAGCCUGAGUAUGCCUUUGAGAUGGCAUGUUCCAACAUUAGGUUUGGAAAUGGAGUGACACAAGAAGUUGGCUGGGACUUUGAACACAUGGGUUCAAAGAAUGUUUGUGUAGUGACAGAUAAGAAGUUAUCAAGCCUUCCAAUCAUGGAUACUGUUUUGGAGUCUUUGAAUGCAGCCAAUAUCAACUAUGAGGUCUUUGAUAAUGUCAGAGUUGAGCCAACUGAUAAAAGUUUUCAUGAUGCGAUAUCCUUUGUGAAAGCCCGUAACUUUGAUGCUUAUCUGGCUGUUGGAGGAGGAUCUGUGAUGGAUACAUGCAAGGCUGCUAAUCUCUAUGAUUCUCAUCGCGAUGCUGACUUUCUUGACUUUGUUAAUGCACCUGUUGGGAAAGGUCUUCCCAUCCCGGGUCCAGUCAAGCCUCUCAUUGCCAUUCCUACAACAUCAGGGACUGGAAGUGAGACUACUGGGGUGUCUAUAUUUGACUACACCCCACUCAGAGCCAAAACAGGUAUCGCUAGUAGAGUGAUUAGACCCUUACUAGGAAUUGUUGAUCCUCUACAUACCCUACACAUGCCGAAUCGAGUUACGACAUACAGUGGAUUUGAUGUACUCUGCCAUGCAUUAGAGUCUUACACUGCCAUUCCUUACAAUGAACGCAAACCAAGACCAACCCAUCCCAAAAAUAGACCAGCCUACCAAGGAAGCAACCCAAUUAGUGAUAUCUGGUCUAGCCAUGCUCUUAGAAUGAUAGAGAAGUAUUUCAAGAGAGCUGUGAAUGACCCUGAGGAUUUAGAAGCUCGCUCUGAGAUGCAUUUAGCCAGUGUCUUUGCUGGUGUAGGGUUUGGCAAUGCUGGUGUACAUCUUUGCCACGGUAUGUCAUACCCCAUUGCUGGUAUGGUCAAGCAGUACAAAUCUCGUGAUUAUGAUGUUGACCAUGCUAUUGUGCCUCAUGGGUUGUCUGUUGUUAUGACAGCGCCUGCUGUUUUCAGCUUCACUGCUCCUAGCUGUCCGGAAAGACAUUUGGAGGCUGCUAAACUUCUGGGUACGGAUAUCACUGGGGUGAAGCUAGAGGAUGCUGGUCGCUGCCUUGCAGAUACCGUCAGGAGGUAUAUGUAUGAUUUGGAAGUAGAUGAUGGAUUAGAAUCUUUAGGAUAUGACUCAUCUGAUAUACCAGGACUUGUCAAAGGCACCCUCCCGCAGCACCGUGUGACCAAGCUCGCUCCCCGGCCUCAGACUGAGGAAGACCUUGCAUCCAUGUUUGAGAACUCAAUGAAAGUUUACUAGUAAAACAUGGCCUUCAGCAACCUUGUAUUCUACAAACUGUCAAAGAUCCAGGAUUAAAAUAAAGUUUCACUGCAGCUUUAGAAAGAAGAACACAUGACUAAAAAAAUUUAGGCAGAAUUAAUACUUUUAGCUUUUAUGCUGAUACCUAUGGUGCAGAACCAUACUAAAAUGUUUUGUUGUGGGACAUUCCAUUUAUUUUUUUACUAGGCAAGCUUGUUUGAAGAUUUCAAUCAUGAUCAGAUUCCUUAUGGAGUCAGGCAAUCAUUGUGUACUUCACUGUAACUGUAUUUUAUUUAAUCUGAUGGACUUUAUACUCUGUCAAAGCUCUUGUGUUUUUAAAACAAAUAAUUGUUGCAGUGUGGUUUCCUUAAAAGUCUAUCUCUGCAUAUUUUGAAUUAUUCUUUCUCUUAUUCAUAUCUAUUCAUAUAACCAUGGCCUUUGAAAAUUUGCAUAUUGUACACCCUUCUCUAAAUCAUGAAGUGGACGUCUCUUUGAUUGCAUCAAAUUAUUUUUACACAUUUGUUUGUUCAGUUAAUAAAGCCAAUGAGGAAGUAUACAACUUUUCCAGUGAAAUGCAACCUGUAUGGAAGUAUGUCUUCCAUCAAUAAAGAUCAUUUUAUUUUGAUAUUAUAAGAAAUAAUUUUUGAGCAAAUUAUAUCUUUUUGAAAGAGGUUAUUUAACUGAUUACCCAGGAAUGCAGUAAUCAUUCUUCAUUUCCUGCAAAAAAAUAUUUCUCUUUGUUUUACGUUUAUGACAUGAUAAUUUCUCUGCUAAAAAUGCAAAAUACUUGCAUACAAAUUACAGUCACAGUAGCUUUUGAAAAAAGACAAUUGGAAAAAAACCCAAGAGUAUCAAAUGUUAGAAGGUGAAUUAAAACUGCAUUGAGGAUGUAAGAGAUAAUCAAAAAUCUUUUGCUUGUUUAAAGCAAUGUACGAAUUUUAAUUGAAAAUUGUAUUUGUUGUCUCUCUUCCAUGAAGCAUCAGUACUGCUUUUGUUAUGACCGUGAUAGUUGUGACAUUAACAAGUGAUUUUAACAAUGUUGAGAUUUGUAAGUUUCAACAUUUUUUAAAAGUAAAUUAUUUUUUAAUGGAAUGUUGAAUUUCAUGGAGAAUUUGAAUUAAAGUGCUGGCAGACAUAUUACUGACAGGGAACAUGUAUGCUUAGAUGAGUGAUGAUCUAAAGUGUAAUGAAACUUGAACAUUAUGUCAAAUAUCACAUAUCAUGUUACAUUGUGUGAAGGGUACAUGUGUUAUGGAAGACAUUUAUAAUCACGAUGAUCAUUAAGGUGAUGAUAAUGGCAAUAAUGAUAUUGGUUUUCAUGAUGCAAUUAUUGCAGUCAUGACGAUCAGAAUGGUUAAUUCACCUGAUAGUGAAAUGUUUAUAUAUCCCAAUUUAGACCUCUGCAUUGACAGUUAUAAUGAUGUGAAUAUUAUAUGGUAUGAGAAAUGUUCUGAAAAGAUGAAUGGGGGUUUUCUGGCAGCUUAAAAGCAGUAUGCAUGCAUACUUUGAGCAGCCUUGGACCAUAAAAUGUGCAUUUGCUACUUUGUUAGUUGGAACAAAUACACCAUUGCAAAGAGAUUUUGCAUUCAUUUUAUGUGUCAUUAAAUAACAUUGGGAUAUUUGUCUUCCAAUUCCUUGUUGACCACUAAUUAGAUUGAUGCAAUUAUUUUUUUUCUUCUAUUUCUUUUAUCACUCAGUUCUAUGUAUCUCAGACAGGUCUUCUUCACUUUGUUUGCAGAGAAUAAUCUUUGAUUUCCUUGAAGUUAAAAGCCAAAAAACCAUGAAAAACAAUGUGACUUAGCAAGAUUAUAAUCAUAGAUAUGGAUAUUUUCCUAAAAUUUUCUGAUGAAUUAUUGCAUUGAAACAUGCAGGAGACAUGGCCCCCUUAUUCUUGGGGUUUUAUUUUUUUAUGGGUCAAUCAUUGAUUAACUUUGAUCAUAUCUAUGAUUCUGCCAUAUUGAAAUGAAUUUAACCAUAUGUAUCAUGUUAUAUAUGUGUGCUAUAUAAAUCAAAUGGACUUAAAAUCCACAAGAUUUUUUUCCAUAAUUUUGUCUGCCAAAUAAUUAUGAGAAAUUAUGGGAGAGAUAUAUUUUUGUAUGAUUCAAUUGCAGUUGAUUAUUAAAUAUUUUAA